AUGCUGCUUAGAUUUCGACCGUUCAAAGGGAGGAGCUACGUCCACCUGCAGGAUCAAAACCUCUGCCUUCUGACCAAAGUUCUAGAUUCCGACAUCGAACAUUUCGAGUCGUCAGAUAUCGAAACCACCAAGCCGCCUAGAGAUUCCCCUUCUUCCGAGUCCUCUGCAACCGUACCUUCUUCUGUUGAUUCUCUCUCCGCCUCGUCUCCCAUCGUUACCCCGACAUCCUUAUCCGACGCCAUAGCCGGGCCGCUUCGCGCGGGGUUGGAGGCGGUAUACAGGGAGAUGGAGUUUGCCGCUCAGUCGCAGCUAAGGCGGUCCACUGUAGACCGAUGCAAGCUCGUCGUGCGCCUCGGGAAGCUGAUGUUCUCGGCCCCGCCCGGAUCACCAGAGUCGCUCCUCCCCAGAACACCGCCAUUCACAGCAGGCGCAUUGGAGUCGAGUUUCCAGCGUCCACGGCAGACUUGCUGGCAGGCGCUGCCCGUGCAGGACAGGCGCCUGCCAGGCAGGCUGCAGAAGUCGCUGGAAACAGGCUUGCCAGAGCCGCUCUUCCAGGCAAUGGAGAGCAUUGCUAUGGCGGGGGAGGGGGCGAGCACGUGCAUGCGAGAGGCAUACCAUAUACGGGUAGCAGAUGCGGACCAGAUGAACACAGAGUACAAGCUGACGUGCAAGCCUAAUCCGGAUGGCACAGGGGUUAUCCUCGUUAAGGUGAAGCACAAAACGGUGCGCUAUGCAGUCAUUGACGUAUCUCGCCCCGCCAAGGAAAUUGAUUUCCGCCUCAUGCUCUCCACAGAGACCCGCCUCUGCUCGGUUGAUGAGGCCACUCGAUCCGUGUGUGAGAGCAUAGCAUCGACAGCAAUCAUUGAGGACAACUCAAAGGGCGGCUUACACUGGCCGAUCACCUCGGACUUCCACGUUGGCAUGACAGAAGCGCGUUCAUCACCGCAUGCACCAGCACCAUCACACCGCUUCCGAGUGACAAGUGUGCGGCAUCAGAGGCGGCUGCACGUUCAUUCAGGAGGGCAGAUGUGGAAGCUGUCGCGAGUGAACGGUGUGCAGUAUGACCAUGGGGGAGGACGCCUCACCAAUGAAGUGGAGUUCUGCCUGCUUGCCUGGCAAGAUGCCAUGAAGUUCAAUGCGGGAACAAGUCCUGGCAUGACUGCUACUCCUUCUCCUUCCCUCCUACCAAGCAAGCCCCCGCCUACAAGCUACUCCGCGGAAUCUUGCUUUGACUCAAGCUUGCAGCAAGCAGCACCACAGUGGACUCCAGACAGCAUUCUCGCUGAUUGCCCUGCCCUUAUGGCCUGGUUGGAGGAGCACCUCCCUUAG